CGAAUUGCAGGAUCACUAGUCUACCAUUAAUCGUCAGUCUUCCAUUACAAUGUUAUUAUGUGUUUCAUCGUCAGUCUACAUAAAGGUUGCUAGUCUACACGAAGAUCGUCAGUCAUUCUAGAAUGGUAUAAAUAAAGGACUUCGAAAUCAAAAUUCAUACUUUGCUUGACUAUCAAGUGAGAAAUAUCGAAGAAAAAUUUGAAGAUGGAUGUUUCACCAUUGCCAGGAUAUACAAUGCCCCCAGGUGGUGCCAUGGACAUUUUAUUCUCGUUUGAUACCACCGGGUCAAUGUCAUACAUACUAGACGAGGUCAAAGGUCGAUUAAGCGAGAUGAUUCAGAGACUACAAGCUGAUAUUCCCGGAAUCAGAAUCGGGGUCAUAGCCCAUGGAGACUAUUGUGACGAAAAAGUUUUCUACCUGGAAAAACACAUCGACUUCACGCAUAAUGUGGCGGAUCUGUGUAAUUUUGUGGGCGAUGUCGAAGGAACGGGGGGAGGAGACCAAGACGAAUGUUAUGAACUAAUCCUUAGAAAAGCAAAUGAAGAUUUUAACUGGGCACCAGUUUCCAACAAAGUUUUAGUAAUGAUUGGAGAUGCCAAUCCACACGAACCAGAUUAUGAACUAAACGUGCACAAUAUUAAUUGGAGAGAUGAAGUCGAUAUUCUUGCAAAACAGGGAAUAAAAGUCUAUGCUGUGCAGGCUCUGAAUAACGAAGGGGUGGACGACUUCUACAAAACUAUGGCAGAAAAAACUGGUGGUCACUAUCUUAAGCUUGAGAAUUUUUCCAGCAUUUGUGAUUUCAUCAUGGCAAUUUGCUACAGAGAAAGAGAUGAUGGCCUUUUUCUGAAUUAUGAAGCAGAAGUUACAGCCCGGCAAGGCACAUCUGGUCUCCACAAAGAUUUAAACAACAUGUUUGCCACCCUCCGUCGCGGAGACUCCGUGGGUAGCACGUCAACCCCAAGCUGUUCUAUCUAUACGCCAACAGUCCCACAUUCACCAUUACCAGUCACACCCAUGGACAGUAUUGUUAGCUCAUCGACUGAUUUUAGUGCCAAAUCAAAAGCUGUAUGUUUACCCAAGGCGUCCAUCCCACGGGUCCCAAAGGCUAGACCACUUAAACAGAGACAACCAAUUUCUAAAAAAAAUUCAACAACAAAGAGUAUCCCACGCGAGAACAUCCCGGAAACGAAAUUCGCACUUCGGAACUUGAAAUGGACGCCGUGGAAACUAGCAUACAGUCCCGAUAAACCACAGGGCCCAUUUCACAAAAUGUAUCUUAAAAAUGGCUAUAGGAGAACUAAGUUAUUUAGGAGCUCCUCAGGGUCAAAAAUAUACGAAGUUGCAGUACAGACUCGCCCAAAAGGAAAACUUCACGUUAUGUACCACAAAGUUACGUCCUCAGACCUUGACCAACGGUCAUGGGAACGAUGUUUAUUUCAGGGAUCUCGGAGACGUGUCUAUGUUCACAGAAGACAAAUUAUCCGAGUAAUUCAGCAAGGUUGUCGUGUGUUUAUUCGCAAAACUGAUGUUAGCAAGAGACAAAUGAAACAGGUUGAAAAAUUGAACAAUUACAGCUACGCAUGGGCUAGGUCAAUAUCAGGGAAAAAAUUGCCAGAGAGAGCGGUCGUUAAAAAUCAUAAAACACUGUCUGGUAUGAACUAUUAGUGUUACUGACGAAGAAAUUCAUUUUGUUCACUGUAUCGUGUUCAUUUAUAAGCAUGUCCUGGUAAUAGAAUUUAUGUUUUGUUAUUUUUUUAAAUUAUGCCAUAGUGUAUUUGCAGGUAUUUUAUGAAAUGUUUUGUUGUUUAUUGUAUAAUAUAAGUAAAAACCAAUAUGAUUUUAUA